GGAACUUAUAUACAGGAAGUCUGAUUGUUGCUAGCUUCACGGGGCUGCUGUGCUGUUGGAUGUCUGUUGGAUAGAAGUGUUUACUUUGUUUUCCUGAUUUUUACCGCAUUUUAUAAACGCACAAUAUAGGGACAUAUUCUACCUCAACUCAUAUGCGAUGGCAGGGAACUUCUGGCAGAGCUCACAUUAUCUACAGUGGGUCCUUGACAGGCAGGACCUGAUGAAGGAGCGGCAGAAAGAUCUCAAGUUUCUGACGGAGGAAGAGUAUUGGAAACUACAGAUCUUCUUUGCUAACGUAAUACAGGCCUUGGGGGAACACCUGAAGCUCAGGCAGCAAGUAAUUGCCACAGCAACAGUAUAUUUCAAGCGCUUCUAUGCCAGGUACUCGCUGAAGAGCAUAGACCCGGUCCUCAUGGCCCCUACCUGCGUAUUCCUGGCAUCCAAAGUGGAGGAAUUUGGUGUGGUCUCCAAUACUCGGCUGAUCUCAGCGGCUACAUCUGUGUUGAAAACAAGAUUCUCCUAUGCUUUCCCCAAGGAAUUUCCUUAUAGAAUGAACCAUAUAUUAGAGUGCGAGUUCUACUUGUUGGAGCUCAUGGACUGCUGCUUGAUCGUGUACCACCCCUACAGACCGCUGCUGCAGUACGUGCAGGACAUGGGGCAGGAGGACAUGCUGCUGCCACUGGCAUGGAGGAUUGUGAACGACACGUACAGGACCGACCUGUGCUUGCUCUACCCGCCCUUCAUGAUAGCCCUCGCCUGCCUCCACGUAGCCUGUGUCGUACAGCAGAAGGACGCCAGGCAGUGGUUCGCCGAGCUUUCCGUGGACAUGGAGAAGAUCCUGGAGAUCAUCCGCGUCAUCCUGAAGCUCUACGACCAGUGGAAGAACUUUGACGACAGGAAGGAGAUGGCGGCUGUCCUCAACAAGAUGCCAAAGCCCAAACCUCCGCCAAACAGCGAGAACGACCAGAGCUCCAACGGGACCCAGAACUCCUCCUACAGCCAAUCGUAGGCGCCGCAGGGCUGGAAGCACAGGGACGGCGGGGCUGCGGACCGCUGGACACGCCCUUUUCCCAGAGGCCUCCUCCUGUGUGCACACCUGACCACGCCCCACCGUCUCCGCUUCAAAGCGCUGUAGCACGUGCACAAUCCACGGGAGGCCACCCGACUCUCAGGCGACAGCCACUGACCAAUGGGAAGCCCUCCGCCUCUGUGUGUUGCCAGGCUACUGCCAACGGAAGUCCUCUGACUCUGUGUUGCCUGGUUACCCAUGUGCAUUGGGAGGAAGUCGCAGUACACUGUGCAAUGCUUUCGCAGGGGAGCACCUGUCUAUGAUCCUGACCUCCUUGAAAAGCCCCACAGAGCUGUAAUUAGAGAUCUUGGUUGAUGGUGUGAAUCUUUGUGCUAAUGAUGUUGAGGCAGUGUGUGGAUUUGAAGUUGUGGGGUGGGUGUUAUUGGUGGGGUGGGGCAAAGCUGUGUAUGUGUGUGUGUGUGUGAGUUAGUCUGUCAAUGAGUAAGUGAGUCAGUCAGUUAGUGAAUAACGGGUUGGUUGUUGUGACUGCCUGUGUUAUGAUGUAAGUAGACAUGCCUGUCCAGUCAUGUGCGUGCGUGUGUGCAUGGGUGGGGAUUCAUUGUGCUCUCAAGCCAUGUGAUUUUGACCAUGGAUUUCUGAGGUAAAGUGUAGUUUUAAAACAAAAAUCUUUAUUUACCGUCAUAGCAAACUAUUUUCCUUUUCCUCUGUUUGUAAAUAGGUGUAUUUUGAUUGCUUUAUUACUUUGUCCUCUAUUGCAUCUUGUUUUCAGAGCACAGUGCUAAAGAAUCCAAAGUGUCCAGCUCAAGUGAUCCCACAAAUCAUGAAUUACAAGGUUUACCCACUGGACUCAAAUGUUUUAUCAUGAUUUUGGCUCCCCUUUUGGGCCACUACAGUGUUUAUUUGAUUUUAUUUUAGUUAGAAAAAAAUACCAUAAUGGAAAUGUAAUUAUGGUAAUCACUUUUACCAGUCGGAAGCAAAAAGGUGUUGAGUGCAACAUAACAGUAUGAGUGUCGCCUCUAUCCAGUGUCAGCUGUCACUGUUGCCAUGGCACUGGCCUAUACCCCCCCCCCCCCCACCCUAAUCCGACUGUAGAGAGAGAGCACAUAGGUGCCGGCACAGGAUAGCUGGCAGUAUAUGUUACUGUGACAGGUGUUUCCAUGGCUCCCAAAGCAGCCUUAGUAAUGACGUCUGCUGCCGAUUAUAAAACGAUGAACUGUAUUUUCACUUGCGACUGGCCAUGCGCAGCAAUGCGAAUACAAUGCUAAAAUGGCGGCAUUUGGGCCUAUUCCAGUUUUCAGGCCUUUGCCACUGUUGGGAGAAGAGCCAGUCGCACGGCGCUUGCGUACCCCUGUCUGUGUGUACCAGGCGUUGCGCUGCUUUAGCGCGUAGGCUACGUUUCCCCGUACGCGUUUGAGAUUUACGCGAGAUGCAGGCAGGAAUGGGUUUAAGUUACUCUCAAGUACUCUGAUGUAAGAGGGAGUGCUUGAAUGCCUUAACGAAUAAAGCUGCUGGUUUUAAAAAACAAAAAAACAAAACUUGACAACGCUUGGCCUGCCCUGCCUCCGACAGGCAGACCCAGCGGGAAUUGAGUACAGUCACGGACGGGAAGAUUGUCACAAAAAACUUUGUUCUUCGUUGGGUUAUUUUUGCGUUGCUUUUCAGUUUAUCGACAUCUUGGUUUCUCUCACGCACUUUUGCUUCUCUACAGUUUCAUUUUAAUUUGUGUGCACUCGUUCCAAGUACCACUUAAACAUGAAUUUAAGUAUUACUUGAAUUAUUAUUAUUUUUUAAUCUAUGGUAAUAAAUGACCAUUGUGGUAAUUGAAUGGCU